AUGUGGAUAACAUAUCAUAAAGAUGAUCCAAGAGGAGAAUAUAAACAUUUAUCACCAGAAACAAAUUAUACCGUGGGACGUGAUGAAAAUACUGAUAUAAAAUUCUGGUCACCUAAAGUAUCAAGAGAAUUGAUUGAAUUAAUAACUGGACCCAACAUAGGCAAUACCCAACCACCAUCAUCGUCAUCGUCUUCUUCUUCAAUAGGUAGUGAUAAAACAUUAUUAAUCAUUAGAAUAUGUAGUCGAGCGAAAACGAUUAUAAAUGGGAAAACAUAUAAAUUAUUAUCAAAAGAUAGUAAACCAGAAGAAAUUGAUUUCACAAAUGAAUUCAAAUUGAAAAUUGAAACUAUUCCACAAAUUGAUAAACAAACAGGACAAAUAAUAACUCAAGAUACUCCAUUGUUCAUUGAAUGGAUUCCCUUUAAAUUAUAUAUUAGUGCAAAUGAGAAAUGUGAUCAAAAUCAUUACAAAACAAUAAUAAAAGAUCAUGGUAUUGAUAUUCAAAUCGUUGAUAAUAUAAUGGAUGCCACUCAUUAUUAUUAUGAUAGUGAUAAUGGUAACAACCAUAUCAAGCUGGAAGAACAAAAAGAUGAAUUCAAAUUGGCAAUUAUUAAGGGUAUCCCAAUUUUAAAUUCACAAUGGUUACAAAAAGUAUUAGGUCAUGAUAAUGAGGAUGGGUAUAAUAGUGUUAAGGAUUGGCUUUUGGAUAUAGAUUAUAAGAAAUACUUACCAAAAAAGGAUGAUCACUAUUUACCGAAAAGUUAUAGAUUAAAGCCAUUAAAUAAUGUUAAAUUAGUAUCAUUGGAGAGAAUAAAUUGGUUGGAAACAAUAAUUGGGUAG